GGCUUUUGUUGCUCAUUCAACUCUUCUCCGACCCGACACACUAGAGACUGAACCCCACUCUACACCUUUUUUCCUUCUUCUUUACCUGUAGCCAUCAUGCUGUACGAAUUGAUUGCCAUUGUCCGUCCGGGCAGCUUGCACGAGGUUCGAGAAAUCGCCCGUAAUGCUGGCAUCCAAGUCCUGCGGUCCGGCGGCGUAAUCCGUGGAUACACAAAUUGGGGCGUCUUCCGUCUUCCCAAGCCUACUACAAAGCAUCAAGCCCGGUAUACCGAUGGACAUCACUUUAUCAUGCGCUUCGAUGCCUCCGGGCCCGUCCAGAUGGCCGUCCGCCGAACCCUAGGCCUCGACCCUCGGAUGAUUCGCUUCUCGGUGGUGAAACUAGGUGACAAACUGGAGGAGGUUAAAGAUGUCGAUGGACACAUCAAAUGGAACAACACUCGCAACCUUUCAGACUCGAUCUAAGAAAGACUUCGACCGGGUCAUUGGAGGAGUUGGAAGUCACGAAAGCCUACUGGUCUGGGACUUGGGGGUUUCAAUUGUGUUCAGGUUCGGAUAGGAGAUAUCACUCUGUACAGUAUUAUCAGCAUGACUG